GGACUACGUCCUUUCCUCUUAUCCGUACGCCAUUGGCCAUUAGCGACCACCGUCCGCUGUAUCAUCGGGCCUCGGCGGUAAAGGGACCUCUCUUGCGGGUCCUGCAGGCCAGUCUUCCGUCGCGCGUUCACCGGUGCUCGUUUCCUCGAGUACCACCGGACCACCGUACCGGAGGAUCGUGUCCUCCUCGCCAUGGACCAUGUGAUUUCGACGGAAAACGACGCGUGUUUCUAUGGUGACUAGCUCGAGUGUGUGUCAUGUCACGUGGCUCAACCUGGCGAUAAGAACGGUGCGAACGAUUAAGGAACCCGUCGUCGCCGGCAGUCCUCUCGCAAGUUCCACGCUUGUCGGUCGUGCGUGUCGCCGAUCGAGGUGUACGCUCCACAAGUUCUCGUCUAAUUUAUCGUUGUGAACGUUGUUACGCGCGCACGCGCAUCAUGGGAUUCGUCAGACGAGCGAUUCGCCGAUCUGGUCGCGAUCAGAGAGAAAGAGAGAAAGGUGACACUUCAGGUGCACGCGCCACGGUGAUCUAUCUAUGAUAGUUGGCCUAGAAACGCGACACUUGUUAUGGAUUGACUCGUGAUUUUGAAAGGAUUCACCUCUCGACCUUGAAUACCGGAUUGUCCUAUGAACACGAUAGCGCCUGCUCGUGUAUCGCGAGAGGAGUUUUUUUUUUAUUUCAUUUUUUUCCCCUGAAAAUUGUGUCGUACGCACAAUUCCGUAGACUGUGAGUGAAUUCUGCGGAUAUAACUCGCAUGGCAAUUGAGAUUAAAAGUGCGUGUGACGUGCAUGAUGACGGACAUAUGAUAUUUAAAUAAAGUGGGUGGUUGUUCUCAUAUGUUGCGCGUUCUCUCCAGUCAAAACUGUGUGUAAGACCAAAGUAGCUUUAAUAAAGUAGUGCGCGCAAGCUCGACUUUAAUUGAUACCUGCGCGAUACCGAUACCGUAUACUCCGGGCAAAUACUCCUCGUAAUUGAGCGUUUAGCUUGGCCGUUCCUCUGAGAUUGAAAGGCCGCCAUAGGGUAAAGAUGUGUAUUUACGAGUUUGUCUCGCACCGUGUUAUUAUUCCCAUAUCGUCCGCGUACGGGGCCACGAAAGUUCAGUGCGGCGGGUUCGCGCAGAUUGCGACUCGCAUAGUUAUUCUUGCUAAAAUACGUGACUCCUCAAAAUCGAGUGUCGCUUUUCCGUAGGGUUUCCUCGUAUGUGUACGCGCAACAAUGGACAUUCGUGAGAGAGUAUCUUCAUUUCUGUCCGUUCUUCUCUGUAAUGGUAGACACUUCUCCGCACAACAACUGCAAAGUUCGUGUUACCAAAGUGGAGGUGUUAUGAGAAAAGCUGCGAUCCUGAUAACAACCGGGUCGAUAAGUUAGAUUACGCGAAUCGCCGCGAGUUUAUGUGCGCUUCGUGCGAUAAUAAUUUCCUUCCGUAAAUAUUUUAUCGGCUGUCGAAACUUCUCGAUACAUAUAACGAACUCCUAGAUACACAUAACGAUCAUCGCCUUUCACGAUCACGUCACAAUUCGGUCAGUGCUCUGUUCCAGACAGGUGACGAAUGAAUAUCGCAACUGUCGUCUGAUUUAACUAAAAUCCGCCAUUACUUGGACGCUCUGCGUGGUAAUUAAAUAUUAUAGUUGUCAAUGAGAUAUCACAUUCGGCACAUAAUGCAAAACAAAUACGUGCUUUCUUGCGUUUCUUCCGACGAGACGCAUGCUUCGCGCGUUGUUCGCCGCACCGAACUGGCUAACGAUACAAACCAGUUGGAAUUCCAGUUGCAAAUGUCAUCCUGGCUAUCAUACUAACGUGCAAAGGUCGACCGGUCUUUAUUUCUCCCGCGGCCGGCGAGUAGCGCCUCAUUGGAGCGAGACUGAAAAAUUCGACUCGGCGCGCAAAACCGGCGAUUGUUAAUCGCUUAAUUUAAUCGUCGUUUAUAAUCGUCUGAAUCGUGCGUUUAUAAUCGUCGGUGAUCAUCCGGCCAAUUAUCGCAAACUGUGAUCGCAGUACUUGUGCGAUUCAACAGUGGAAAGUUCUUCGACAGUGCUGUCGACGCUCGACGGAUUUUCCGACGAUGGGACUGAAGCUGCACGCUUAAACUCGAAAAGGAUUACACCGGGAAUGCAUUUUUCCCUGGAUGCAUCGUGGUGCGUGACUACAGCCUUUUUUUCCCGAAAACUAACGGCAGGUGGAACGCGAUGGUGAAACGCCGUUCAUAAAUCGACGUGCUCGCGCGGUGCAGAACGAAAACGCAGCGACAAAACGCGCGUCGCGCAGUGGCGUGGUGAAUUUUAAAAUAGUUAUCCCAAGCGUGGCCAAUGUACUGUUGAGAAUAUACGAAACCACCCGGUGCCGAGACCAGAUGGGAAGUGAUGUAUACUUAUUAUGGCAGAAACGUUCUCGAAGAGAUCCGUCGCAGCUAAGUACAUGGGUUCGUUUCCUGUGGCGAUUCCCGACAUUGCCAGCCGCGCGGAAUUUGUGCGCUCCCAACUGGAGAUCCUCAGAUACAGCGAUCGAUUCACGCCCGUUCUCCUGAUAGUCUCGCUCGCGGGGAUUAAAGUAUGCAGUCCAGAUGGAAAAUGCGUGCAAAUGGCGCACGCGUUAAGACGCAUUUCUUACGCGACUUGUGAGCCGCAGCAUGCCCAAUUCAGCUUUCUAGCGCGGGAACCCAGGGCCCACUUUAGUCUACAGUACUGCCAUUCCUUCAUCACCGAGUCUGCAGAACAGGCGGAGGAGCUGAAUACCAUCGUUGGCAAUGCUUUCCGCAUGGCGUACGUGGCGCAGCUUCAGCGCCAACCGAUCCUUCAGGAUGUAAUCUCACCGCGAUCGACGCCAACUUAUCGCAAGGACAAGCAGGAGCAUCGUACGUCGUGGAACAAAUCGCUGUCCGGGGACGAGACGAUCGCCGGAGACGCUUGCAGGAGUCCGUCGUCCAACUCGUGGCUGAAAAGUCGGACAUCGCCCACCUCCAGGACUGGAAGGGGUUCGUCCGCAACGGACAUGAACGUGCAGCUUAGCAGCGCCGGCUCGCCCACGCUGCGACUCGCCAGCGUAAAGGCGCCGAAUUCGAUUCCCGGCCUGCGGCCGUCGUUCACGAACGUCCUCGGGCCCAUAACGAACGAGGACGAGUCGAAGAGCAUUUCCCAGCAGAGUACACCGAGCAGCGAUGAGAGCAACUCACCGACGGAGUUAAACUCGUACAAGAGGCUAACGGACAAGCCACCGCUGAUAAAGCGGCUGGCGAUGGGUUUGACAGGUGGACGCGACGUUCUUGGGCUGAACGGUGAGGAUGACAGCUGCCCGCUCGUCAGCGGUAGCAGCACACCGACCAGCCCAUCGAACAGGCCCCAUUCCGGGGGCUACAUAAACGAGGCGAUCAUCGACUCGGAGGGUACGAGGCCGUCAUACAACAAGAUCCCGCCGUCCGAGAGUCUCGACAACACCAUCAACGCGUCCAUCACCGCGAAGAACUUCAACAUCGAGAACAACAGGAUAGGACACAAUUGCCCCGGUUCGGGGACGGAGGCGGAUUUCAAGUCGAAAAGAAGAUCGCAAAUUAGCACGUCGAGUAGCUCGGUGCCCGCUGACGGAAGCACUCAUGGCUCCACGCCAACCCCGCCGCCUUUGCCCGAGAGAACAGACAGCCUGAAUAAUCGAAGCGAGGAGGCCGAGCUGCGCAAAGCGCCCUGGUUUCAGGCUGGAAUACCCAGAGAAAUAACGCUGGAGGUAUUGAGCCAAGAGCCGGAAGGAGCGUUCAUGGUGCGAGAGAGUACCAGCAAGCCCGGAUGUUACGCCCUCUCUCUCCGUGUGCCCCGCGAAUUCCAGCCGAGUGGAAUAGCCCAUUAUCUCAUAAUGCGUACAAACAAAGGUUACAAAAUCAAAGGCUUCACGAAGGAAUUCACUACGCUCACUGCUCUAAUCACCCACCAUUCGGUGAUGCCCGAAUUAUUGCCGUGCCCGUUAUCGCUGAGCCGAUACAAUCCGAGCUUCGUCAAGACCGAUUCUAACAAGGAUUUCGCGGACAUCGAUUCGGACCCUGAUUACAACACCCUGGCAGAUUUUCGCAAAAUGAUGGCCGACUUGAACGUCUAGAGCGAGCAGCUGAAGCAGCGUGUGUUCCCCCCUGCUCCCCUUCCGCUUAAGGAAUGAAGGGGGGAAUAAUGUUUCAAAGACUCUCGUGCUCGUUUUGCAAAAUCGCCGUUUUCACCGAUCCUCACGUGGAUGCCGAUCGAGGAGGACGCGAGGCACCGUUCGAUAUAUUUGUACCUGGAUCGACUUCGUGCCAUUGAUCGUGAAGGGCCGCAACGUUACUCGCAAUCGUCGCCCACGAAGAGAUCUCUAGCCCCGGAGUAAUGAACAUUGGCGCAACGAGGUACUAUAAUACGCAUUUAGGCGACAACUAGUUAUCAAGUCUAUGUUCCGAAAAGACUCGCACACACACAUGCGCGCGCGUGCGCGCGCACACACACACACACACAGCCAUAGUGAUAUAUACUCGUAAGUCAUUAAUAAACGAUAAGUAGCGUUUAGGUAAUUUAAUAUUCGUUAGUGUAUGCGAACAUGAAACCGAAUAGCAAUGUCGAGAAUGAAGCGAAUCUUUUGUAUUGCAACACGCCUAGCAAAGUUACAUGUGAGCUUAUUGCAGCGAAGGACGCAGCGCGAAACGGCGUCACUAGAACUUUUGGACCGGGAUAAAUUAUUUUCGCGAAGUAAACGGAAUAUUCAAGCGUUCGUUAGAGAUUUUUCCUUCAACCUUCUGCGAAUUUCUCCGUGUUGGACAGAGAAGAUUUCGAAAUAAAGUGAGUUCCGCAGUCGUCCGUUCUCGAUAGUUCGCAACGAUGCCAAACGGUUCUGUCAUUGUUGUAAAGUGCACGAUAUUAGAUGAUUGAGAGGAAAUAGGCGAAAAAAUCGUUCAAUUUUACGUGAAGACGCGGUCUCGCGAGCCUCGAAGGAAUCUCACGUGUGUUGGCGUCGUUUGAAUCAACUCAUAGUUAAAAGCUCACUCCUCUCUGAGAAUCUGAAAUAUCACAAUGGAGAAACACGUCCUCGGGGAUACAAGAGAGAAAUUCGCGAUAUGCGGGAUGUGGUGUGUUUCUCCGAGGAAAAAAUCGGCAAUUCACUCUCGAGAUAAUGUACUUUCUCAACUAUACCAAGACGUUCUUCCAUUUAGCUUUUCGACUUCGAGAUGUCCGCAAGCGAUCUGACACAGAUAGAAGGUUUUCCUCGACUAAAUUAUCUAGCAUUUUGUAAGACAUAGAGUUAAAGAUUUGUUACCAUCGCGUAAUAACUGAACUCUACCGACCUCUGGUCGCACCGACAACGGGAAGGUCGUAUACACGAAGAAGAUUGUAAAAUAGACGAACGCAAUCACCCCCCC